CUCUCUCUCUCUCUAGAAAGUUGAAAAUUAAUUCUGUUUGCUUGUCGCUUUUGUUUCGGGUCCUUUUGCAUGGCACUGUCACUUGCUGCCUAGCUGCUCACUCAGGAUUGCGUUGAAACAAAUUAUGGCUUCUGGUUCUGGUCAUGACUGGGAUGCUGAGAAAAUGUUUGAACUGUACUUGCUUGAUUAUAUGGUUAAGAAGAAUAUGCAUAAGACUGCUCAAAUUUUCAGAAAGGAGGCCAAAGUUUGUAACAAUCCUGUUGUGAUUGACUCUGCUGAAGGAUUCUUAUAUGAAUGGUGGUCGAUAUUUUAUGACGUGUACGCCUCUAGGCAACUGCAGGAUCAGCAGGCGAAGGCAGAGGCCUCAACUGAGGCUACGCAAAUGACAGAGAAUGAGCAACAAAAUAUCUACUCAGCAAUGCCGCAGUCAGUGAUUAAUCAGCACAGGCCUGGAAAAUUGCCUGUCAUUAAUGACUUUGAUAAGAUGUUGGGCCAACCAGCUUCUUGUCUGUUGGCUGCAAAAAUGUAUGAAGAGCAUCUAAGACAUCCUGCUAGAACCUUUGAACCCAAUUUACGCCUUGUUGAUGUUAGUAAAUUGAAUCUCCCAAAGUCACCUGUAAGUUCAAGCCAUCCACAGCAGCAAAUUCAUAAGCAGGCUAAUCAGCAGGGAAAUAGAAAUGACAUUGGCAUGGAGAAAACAGUAACUAUGGACCCUAUGCUGUAUGGAAUACCAAAGCUUAAACUCCCAAAAUCCAGACCUCAUGAUGCAGGGAUGAAUGAGGGAGUCAAUUCAUCACUGCUGGAUGGAUGGCCUUUAACUGUACUGAACCCAGUUCUGCAGGCACCAAGCUAUACACAUCAAUUUCAGAUGUUGACACCAGAAUGUCAGCAAGCACUUUUGGCCCAAGUACUGUCAUGUACACCUGGAAACCAGACAGACACUUUUCCUGGAAGCCCUGCCAAUUUUGCUAGUCCAAAUGUGAUGCUUCCCAAAAUUGAAUUAUCUGCGAAUGAUGAACAGAUAUUGGUCCAAACGAAACAAAAUGAAGAGCACCAAUACCAAAAUGAUCAAAUAAAGCAGCAGAAGUUGCUAGAGAAUGGCAGAAAGCGGAAGACAAGAUCAUAUUCAAGAGCUGGAGAGAAAACUUUGGGUUGUAUAAAUGGAAACAGUAAACCUGUAGAAAAUGUUGAAUCUAAUGCUGAAAAUGCUGGAAGCACAAGCACUCCUUUCAGCAGUUCAAAAAUUCAUUCUAAAGCAUGCACUAAAGAUGAACAUAAAGGCUUUACUUUUGAAGAGGUUAUCACUCUCCACUCAAGCAAAAACAAGGGGUCAUGCUGCCAUUUUUCAUCAGAUGGGAAGUUGUUAGCUAGCGCAGGGCAUGAAAAUAAGGUUUUGAUUUGGAAUGUGGAAACUUUUGGUUCCAUAGAUACUGCAGAAGGGCAUUCUCAUCUCAUUACAGAUGUUCGGUUUAGACCAAGUUCAACUAUUUUCGCAACUUCUUCCUUUGAUAGAACUGUGAAAUUAUGGGAUGCAGCAAGUCCAACCAAAUCAUUGUGUGAGCUUCUUGGGCAUGCUGAACAAGUAAUAUCAGUGGAUUUCCACCCAACAAAGUUGGACCUCCUCUGCUCUUGUGACAGUAAUAAUGAGAUCCGACUAUGGAAUGUCACCCAAUAUUCUUGCACACGUGUCACUAAGGGAGCUACUAAACAAGUUAGAUUCCAGCCUCAAUUUGGAAAGCUUUUGGCCACUGCUGCCGGAAAUGGUAUCCAUAUAAUUGAUGUAGAGAAUGACAGCCUCCAGUUCUACUUGAAGGGACACGUCAAAGAUGUCCUUUCAAUUUGCUGGGAUACUAGUGGGAAGUAUAUUGCCUCUAUUAGUGAAGACAGUGCUCGAGUUUGGUCGACUGUGUCAGGUGGAAAAUGCAUACAUGAGCUUCAUUUAAAUGGCAAAAAAUUCCAGUCAUGCACUUUUCAUCCUGGAUAUUCACAGCUCUUGAUCAUUGGUGGUUAUCAGUCUCUUGAGUUGUGGAAUCCAACUGAGAACAGUAAAACAUGGUCAGUUCCAGCUCACAAUGGGUUAAUUGCUGCACUAACAGAUUCACCACAGACUGAAAUGGUUGCCUCGGCUAGUAAUGACCACUGUGUGAAGUUAUGGAAGUGAGUCUUCUCUGCAUGUACAGGCCUGUGCACCUCAAUGUGGACAUGCAUAGGGUUUGUAAAUCAUGUGGAUAGUUUCCCUUUAAAUUUUGUAAGUCUGGGUAGGGUAAAAAUCAGCAAUACAGCCAGGAUUUCAUUCACCAGGAAUAGGUGCCAUGGCUAUAGAUGAACUUUUAAUAUAGUUUUACAGAAGAAACAGGUAAAAGGAUGGGUAUACUUGUUUUUGGAUUCUAUAUAGAUAAACCUUACUGUCUUCGACUCAUAUAAUUAUGACUAAAUGUAAAUGAAACAAAGUUGCAGAAGAAAACACAAGUUUAUUUGCUUUA